UGUAUGGGAUGCUAUUAAUAACUAAACUGGCAGUACCGUAUCGCUUCCUCGUUACUAUAGCAUCGUCUAGUGUAGCAUCUCUCCCAAUAUCAGGGACACAUGACAACCAAAUAGGAUCAUUAUCACUUCUCAGAAUCCUAGGGCACUGACUGGGCACAUGUACAAUAUUAGAUGGGGCUUUUCUUCUUGCAGUUUACCUAGAAAAUUCAUUUGUAAAUCGUGUACCUUUGAUUCACUUUAGAAAUGGGAAGUUUAGCACAGUCAGUCCUAUUGUGUUGCUGCAUGGGGCUUAAUCAUUUUGAGCUUCACGUGUGAAAAUAGGUUGGUUGAGUUUACUGCUAUCCUGCACAGCUGUCAGCUUCCCCUCCAGAUAGAAGAUCACUGAUGUGAGAUCCACUGCUCCAUCUACUACUGGGAUAAUUACACUUGUCAUAAACCUGUGCUUUAUACAAACAUCUCAUUUGAAAUCCACAGUGAAGUCACUUUUUAAUAAGUAAGUGGAAGCUUGGAAGAAACUGUUGGGGACGUAGAACUGGUUUUGCUGGAAUGAGGUGGUGAGGUUUGAGCCAUUUUUUCAACGGAAGGGUCAACGCUAGUUCUGGAUGACAGAAAGUAAGGAUGAGAGGUCUGCAGUAGAGUUGACACCAUAACCAUAUACAAUGCCUUUCCAAGCACUAAGUUCAUUCAAGGAAAAAAUCCUGAAUCCUGGAAAGGAGGAGGCGAAGAAUAACAUAGGUGACUCACUGGGGCACCUGCAAAGGAAAAUCGAUGGCACAAAUUUUGAGGAAGAUAAUAUUGAACUGAAUGAAGAUGGACAGCCUGUUCAAGCCCCCACUCAUAUACUUCCGCAAUUUGAUUGUCAUUGCUGUGGUUUGCCCAAGCGUUAUAUCAUUGCCAUUAUGACUGGCUUAGGAUUCUGUAUUUCCUUUGGAAUUAGGUGUAAUCUUGGUGUAGCUAUUGUCGAAAUGGUAAAUAACAAUACUGUUUAUGUUAACGGAAAGCCAGAAAUUCAGAAAGCUCAGUUCAACUGGGAUCCAGAAACUGUUGGUCUGAUCCAUGGAUCGUUUUUCUGGGGAUACAUUGUGACCCAGAUUCCUGGAGGAUUCAUAGCAAAUAAGCUUUCUGCCAAUAGGGUAUUUGGUGCUGCUAUUUUUUUAACCUCAGUCCUAAAUAUGCUAAUUCCAUCAGCAGCAAAAGCACAUUUUGGGUGUGUUAUAUCGGUGCGAGUUCUCCAAGGUCUUGUUGAGGGAGUGACGUAUCCAGCAUGCCAUGGUUUGUGGAGUAAGUGGGCGCCCCCACUGGAGAGAAGCAGACUAGCAACCACUUCUUUCUGUGGAUCCUAUGCUGGUGCGGUAAUCGCUAUGCCAUUGGCAGGGAUACUUGUACAGUAUAUUGGAUGGUCAUCUGUUUUUUAUAUUUAUGGGGUGUUUGGCAUUAUCUGGUACGUGUUCUGGCUUCUGCAUGCUACAGAGGGCCCAGCUGCACAUCCUUUCAUCAGCCCUGAGGAAAAAUCAUACAUUGAAUCAAGUAUAGGAGAAAGCAGCAGUUUAGUUACAACUAGCAAAUUCAAAACCCCUUGGAAGAAGUUCUUUACUUCAAUGCCAGUCUAUGCAAUCAUUGUAGCCAAUUUUUGCCGCAGUUGGACAUUUUACUUAUUGCUCAUCAGCCAGCCUGCUUACUUUGAAGAAGUCUUCGGGUUCCCCAUAAGUAAGGUUGGUCUACUGUCGGCAGUCCCGCAUAUGGUGAUGACAAUAAUUGUACCCAUUGGAGGGCAGCUAGCUGAUUUCUUUAGAAGCAAGCAGAUUUUGAGCACCACGAAUGUAAGGAAAAUCAUGAACUGUGGAGGUUUUGGAAUGGAGGCCACGCUGCUGCUGGUAGUUGGAUAUUCUCACACUAAGGCCAUUGCAAUUUCUUUCCUUGUUCUUGCUGUUGGAUUCAGUGGCUUUGCUAUAUCAGGUUUUAAUGUGAACCACUUAGACAUUGCCCCCCGAUACGCCAGCAUUCUUAUGGGGAUCUCAAAUGGAGUUGGAACCUUAUCUGGAAUGGUGUGUCCACUCAUUGUUGGUGCUAUGACAAAGCACAAGACACGUGAAGAAUGGCAGAAUGUAUUUCUUAUAGCAGCACUGGUCCACUAUAGUGGUGUUCUAUUCUAUGGCAUCUUCGCUUCAGGAGAGAAGCAGGAAUGGGCAGAUCCAGAAAACCUUAGUGAAGAUAAGUGUGGAAUUAUCGAGAACGAUGAACUAGCAGAGGAAACUGAACUGAACAAUGAAUCAUUCACCAGUCCAACAAAAAAGAGUUAUGGCGCCACUAUUCAGAGUAACGAAGUACGCAGGUCAGGAUGGAGGAAACAGAAGGGAAUGACACAGGACUUUGACGAACAAACUUCCUAUCAAUAUGAAAAUGGGAAUUUUCAGGACUCCUAAGAGCAAUGCACAUGUGUUUACACAAGCUUAAUGCCUAUGUCAUAAGAUCACUAUUCAAUGACAGUGCAAGAGCUGAAAGAAAACCACUUAAGUAUUGCUGUUAAGUGGGUGAUAUUGAUCAAUACUUCAUGUAAAUGAGGCAGAAGAAAUGUCACAUUUAGAUUAGCCACUGACCACAUUGAUUUCCUAUACCAGAACAUGGUACAGAGCACAUUGAAUUAGUAGUCCCAUUUUUCAUGCUAUGCAACUUUAACAUGCAUGUGUCAUUGUUGAGGGGUCUCUUUUGAUUGAUACAAUUCGUAAUGAUGAUAAAUUUUAACAUCUUACAUUCAGUAUUGUCUCCCUUAGGGAUAAUAAAUUGCUGUUCUGUAACA